AUGAAGCUUUUACAACUUGGUCUUGCCCCCUCCGUUUGUCACAUACAACUGGGAAGUUUCAUCAAUCCGUCGUCGAAGCCGCCACUGCCAAAAUUACAUGAUCACAGUGUUUCUACAGAAGGUCUUCCAUCUGUUAUCCCAACAUGUUUAGCGCUCAAUACAAGGAAAAUGGCACAAAAUAAUGCAAUUGUUCGACAACUCCCAAGUGUUGAAACUUUGGGAUGUACCACUGUGAUUUGUUCGGAUAAAACUGGCACACUGACUACGAAUCCAAUGUUUGUGAUGGAGUUCUUCACAUUGGAAGGGAAAACCACUACUUCCAGAGUCCUUAGAGUUGAAGGGACGACUUACGAUCCAAAAUAA